GAAUCUUAUACGAUUAUAUUUGUGUGCCUUGGAAAUAGUGCCUUUAGAAUUCAGCAUAAUCCCGUAGACUGAAUAAGAGCUGAUGUGAUGAUUCUAAAUUACACACACCAAAGUGAUGAAUACAGAAUACAUGCCAUCGCUGUUUCUUUUCUUAAAGCUAAUACGAAACUCGUAACUUAUCCAUCGAAAUUAGAUUUUGAGAAAAAAUGCUUCGUUUCUGCAUUGAAAAUAAUUUUUUUUUGGCAUUUAAUUUCAAACAUGUGCAUGUUUACUCAUGGGCGGAGAAAAAUUGAGCCUCUAUUGACGUUUGACGUACGUUUGUUGGCUCUAGCGUUGUUAUGGUAACUCGAUGUAAACAACAAUAACAAUACUCAAGGAACGUCUAAACCGCAUCGUUCAAUAUUAUUUCAGCAUGAAUAAUAUUUUACGUUUUGUGGAAAAUUGAAAAUUGUCAAGGAAUCAGUAUGGCAGACAGUGUAAAUGGACGCUAUAAGUAUUUGCAGAAAAUUGGCGAAGGUGUCCAUGGAAUGGUAUUGAAGGCACAAGAUCUUACAAUUGGAAAAGUGGUGGCCAUUAAAAAAGUAUCACUUCGGACAAAACACGGUGAAAUAUCGUUGAGCACAGUUCGCGAAAUAAAAGCGCUGCAACAUUGUGAAUGCAAAUAUAUAAUGUCGUUGCUAGAUGUAUUCCCUGAUAUGACUGGAUUGUCAUUAGUCUUUGAAUUUAUGCCGCAUACACUAUACUCAAUACUAAAAAAUGAUUCGAUGCCAUUAAGUCGGUCGACAAUUCGAUCAUAUGCGAGCAUGUUGUUGCAUGGCGUCAACUAUAUGCAUAAUAUCGGUAUCAUGCAUAGGGAUAUAAAACCAGCCAAUUUACUCAUUGACGAAAACAAUGUGCUAAAAAUAGCCGACUUUGGAUUAGCUAGAAUUUAUAGCCAAAAUGAGGACAAAUCAUAUUCACCCCAAGUAGCCAGCAGAUGGUAUAGGGCACCAGAGCUUUUAUACGGAUCAUCAAAAUACGGGUCAGCUGUAGACAUGUGGGCGAUUGGAUGUGUGUUUGCUGAAAUGUUAAGAAGGGUGCCGCUAUUCAACGGAAAUACAGACAUCGAGCAACUGGCAUUGGUGAUAAAAAUUUUGGGAAAUCCAAACAUAAAAGAUUGGCCGGAGAUAAAUUCAUUGCCGGAUUUCAAAAAAAUUCAUUUUUCUCACAGCAAAGGGGAGAGCUGGCAAAAUGUAUUCCCCACAUGCACAACAGCCAACGAAAUCGCACUUGUUGAUGGUCUUAUUCAAUAUAACCCAAAAAAGAGGCUAACUGCAGCUGAGACUUUAAAUCUGGACUACUUUACCCAGUUCGACGGUGAUGUGCGGAAAUCUACAUCCAAAAUAUAAAUUUAUUAUAUGAUCAUGUGGAGAAACAUAGCAUAUGCAGAUAGUUUUGAUUUUCAUAAUUCAAUUUCAGAAGUUGAUAUAAUUGCAUCAUUGUUUGGUUUAGUUGAUUGCAAUUCAUAUCAUACGAGCACAAAAUAUUUGGUAAGAAAAAAGCGAAGUGAAUAUUCAAAUAUUAAAUUCAAAUUUCUAACUAAUUGAAUCGUUUUUCUCUAUUCUCAUUCGAAUGGUUCUCAAAAGAUUUUCUGAAGUACUGUGAUCCCAUCGAUUUGUGAAAAUGGCGAGAAAAUGGAGAUUAUAAAGAAAUCGAUAAGGUUAAAGGCAUUACCGUGGAAAUGAACAUUUUGUGAAAAAAUCGCGAGAGUACAUUGUAGAUUUUUUACGGGAAUCACAGUACAGAUAAACCUUAGCACUAGCAAUCUGUGCCAUUUUUCAUAAGGCGUCUCCACUCGCAUUGAGUUUGUAUUGUGAAUGUUAAGGUGCGUGCAACGCCCUUCAAUGUAAAAAACAAUACAAGUGGAGAUGAUACACGGGAUUUAUCUGUACUUUGGCAUCGUUACUUUUUUUGUAUCAAGUGAAUCGUGCAACGGACGAUAAGGUCAGUGGUGUCGAUACCGACUAUUUCGAAAAGGACGGCAAAGAAGUGAUGUGUUUUGAAGUUAUUGUCCAAACAACAAAAAACAAACACGAAAAUCGGGUGAAACUGCCCAACGAAGAUCGGCAAAUGGUUGAAGUGGAAAUCGGCUAUGACUUCCAGUGGCCAAACACCGACGCCCUGGGAAAUGUCUUCAACGAUUUAUACGAUAUGCACAAAACCAAUAUUUUGACACAUCGGUGGAAAUGGGCCCGUUGGUUUAUAUUUGUGCAUACCAAUGGAACGUGUCCGAGUUCCACGAAAAUUUGGAGCCAAACGAUCAAGUAUUAAUAAACGACGCCGACAUCAACGUGUUGUUGAAAUACUUGUUCUUCCAGCGUCCAUUGAAUCCUAAUUCCGACUUUAAGGAAUUGUUGUAUAUAACAUUUUUUUGAAACGGUUGCAAAAAAUUGGUGGUCCAGAAAAUGAAAACAUGCUCGAUUUCGUUACAAAACAUUGGUUUCAAUCGUUGUAUGUAUUUUGUCGCAUUCAACGCGACACCGUGAUGAGAAUUGAGUACAUUAUUUCGAUAUGGAUUGAGAAGUGAGCUGUUCAAUGGAUACACUCCGGAUAUAUUUGUACUGGAUCGUGGGCUCUGAAUACACUUCAACCGGUUCAGUACAUUCGUAGUUGAGACGUAGCAGAACACAUCAGCAUUUUAGAUUUAAUUUUGAUUUUUCGACUUUAACAAUAAUUCAUGUAACGUUAAGCUAUUCUGAUUUUGUGCCCCUGCCAAAGUAAUUACCGCGCCGGGAAGCAAAAGCAAACCGUGUCGGCUAGUAUGAUUAUGUUUUCAAUAAACCAAAUCAAAUGAAAUGAACAUAAAAAAGACCGAAUAAAUAUAAAAAAUCGAAAAACGGAAAAACGCACAGUUGAAUCGGUUCAAUGGUAAAUGGUAAGUGGUUGACGUGUACGGACGUAUAUGUAUGUGUACAUCUGUACGAGGAAUUUUUUCUGUGCUUUCCAUAUUCGGAUUCUUUCGCUUUUCUUCACUCGCAUGUACUGGGAAAACUGUAUACAUUGCGCAUGCUUCGGGCUAAAGUGAAAUUGAAUAGAUAAUGAUAGUUGUAUGAAUGAAUGUUCCUCAUUAUGAGUCUUUGAAAACUUUGUGUAGCAAAGCUUUAUUUGAUUUACACUGUGGAGGAAGAAAAAAUUGGUGGAUUCACAUUUUUUAAAAUUAAAAAUUCAUCUCGUCGCGUGUUUCGUCUAUUUGAUUGACUUGGAAAUCAGAAUUAAUAUGAUUGGUGGACACAAAUUAAGUUUUACUUCGCAAAGUGAAGUAAUUUAGGUGAUUUACACACCAUCACCAUAGUGAAUCAGGAAGAAAAAAAAGCACACUCAAAUAGGGCGGAUAGCAUUUUGCCACUAUUCGAAAUCUUGAUUUAAAAUCGAAAUUUUCAAGAAGUAGGUAUGUAGCAUUACAGUGUGUUAACAAGCAAAUAUUCUGUUUGGGUGAUAACACAGCUUUUCUUUUAUCUGUGGUAAUACCUGUAUAAAAAAUAGUUUGGGACCUCGUUGAAAGAUAUUAGACUUUCUAUGCUCUCAUUUUGGACAAAAACGAAAUUAGUGCAAAUCUCAGAAUUGUUUAAUCGAUUUUUGUGCCGAAGCUUCUGCCUGAAGAUGACAUUUAUUUCACAAUUCAUGCUGAAACCAGAACAACGAAUGAAAAUUCAUUAAAAAUAUAUUACUCACAUGUAACACCAAAUACAUUAGUUCUGCUCGUAAUUUUUCGUUGUAUACAUUUGGUGCAUUCAUGUGUAAGAUUGACUUAGUUGGUUUCUAGUGGAUUGAAAAUAUCAGUGUAUUGAAUUUAAUAAAAAAAAAUGCCUGCUGUGUCAGUGAAAUUCCAAA